CGCAUGCCCGUUUCAGCCCGGUCCUGUGCGGCCGCCAUCCGGGUACUGGCGGAGGGCGGGAUCAAGCGGCUGAGGGGGUUUCAUUGUGCGUGCAGCUGCCGCGCUCACUCGCCCUAAAAUGGCCGCCGCCGCCGCCUCUUCUCCCGCCGCCGCCCCGUCCGCGGGGCCAGCCCAGAUGGAGAGCAAGAAGAUCACCGACCUGCGGGUCAUCGAUCUCAAGUCGGAGCUGAAGCGGCGCAAUCUGGACAUCACCGGGGUGAAGACCGUGCUCAUCUCCCGGCUCAAGCAGGCUAUUGAAGAAGAGGGAGGAGAUCCAGAUAAUAUUGAAAUAACUGUUUCAGCUGAUACACCUAUCAAGAAGCCAACAAAAGGCAAAGGUAAAAAACAGGAAACUGAUGAACUAAGUGGUGAUACUUCAGUGGAAGAUGAUUCCUUUGUCAAGGAAAGUGAGUUGGAGGUUCAGGAUGCAAGCGAUCAAGAUGGAAAUGAUGAACUGAAGGACUUUGAAGAAGUUGGUGAAAAUGAAGAGGAGAACUCGCAUUCUAAAGAACUGCCUCCUUCAGAAAAGAAAUACUCUGAUUCAAAACAGGGAGAGACAACAGAAGAUGCAGAGAGAGAUUUUGAAAGCCAGGAAAAUGAUCUUCAAGACACAGAAGACGAUACAUUUCCAACUGUCCAUAAUGGUGAAGAGGAAGAAAAUGACAAAGAUAAAGCAGGUUCUGGUGAUGGUAUACAAGAAGUAUCUAAACCUCUGCCUUCAGAAGAAAGCCUAGCUGAGGCUGAUCAUACGGCUCAUGAAGAGAUGGAAGCUAACACAUCUGUGAAAGAAGCUGAGGAUGAUAACAUAUCGGUUACAAUCCAGGCUGAAGAUGCCAUCACUCUGGAUUUUGAUGGUGAUGACCUCCUAGAAACAGGUAAAAAUGUGAAAAUUACAGAUUCUGAAGCAAGUAAGCCAAAAGAUGGGCAGGAUACCAUUGCACAGAGCCUGGAGAAGGAAAGCAAGGAUUAUGAGAUGACUGAGAACCAUAAAGAUGGUAAGAAGGAAGACUGCGUGAAGGGUGAUCCUGUCAAGAAGGAAGCCAGAGAAGGUUCAAAGAAAGCAGAAUCUGGAGACAAAGAAAAGGACACUUUGAAGAAAGGUCCCUCGUCUACUGGGGCCUCUGGUCAAGCAAAGAGCUCUGCUAAGGAAUCCAAAGAAAGCAAAACAACAUCAAAGGAUGAUAAAGGAAGUGCAAGCAGUGUUAGUGGUAGCAGUGGCAGUUCAACUAGAAACCUAUGGGUUAGUGGACUCUCUUCCAACACGAAAGCUGCUGACUUGAAAAAUCUCUUUGGCAAAUAUGGAAAGGUCCUUAGUGCAAAGGUGGUCACAAAUGCACGAAGCCCUGGAGCAAAGUGUUAUGGCAUUGUAACCAUGUCUUCCAGUACAGAGGUGGCUAGAUGUAUUGCACAUCUCCAUCGUACAGAGCUGCAUGGACAACAAAUUUCUGUUGAGAAAGUAAAAGGUGAUCCUUCCAAGAAAGAGCUGAAGAAAGAAAUUGAUGAGAAAUCCAGUUCUGGUAGAAACAUGGGGGAUAAGAAGACUGCAUCAAUUGAUAAAACUAGCAAAACUCAGUCAGCCAAAAAAGAAGAAAAGAAAUCUGACAAAUCGGAGAAGAAAGAAAGUAAAGAAGCUAAGAAAACUGAAGGUAAAGAUGAGAAGAAUGAUAAUGGAUCAAGUGGCCCUAAUCAAGAAUCCACUAAAAAAACUGAAGAAAAGAAACGAAUAAGUGGAAAAAGUCCAGGUCAGAUGGUAAUUCUAGACCAAACAAAAGGAGACCAGGGUCACACUAGGACAGUGAGAAGGGGAAGGUUUGAUAAACCACCGGUGCUAAGGAACAAAGAGCGUUUCAUUCAAGAUAAAAUGAAGUUCAGGGAGUACAGAGGUAGAAAGGAUAUCUUGCCUUUUGAGAAAAUGAAGGAACAAAGAAUGCGGGAGCACAUGGUUCGAUUGGAACGAAUACGUCGAGCAGUUGAGCUCCGAAGGCGAAGAGAACUUGCUGAGAGAGAGCGUCGGGAGAGAGAACGCAUUCGAAUCAUACGUGAACGUGAGGAACGUGAGCGCUUGCAGAGGGAAAGAGAACGAUUGGAGAUUGAAAGACAAAAACUGGAGAGGGAAAGAAUGGAACGAGAGCGCUUGGAAAGAGAACGGAUUCGUAUUGAACAGGAGCGUCGCAAAGAAGCAGAGCGUAUUGCUCGUGAAAGGGAGGAGCUUCGUCGACAGCAGCAGCAGCUUCGUUAUGAACAGGAGAAAAGGAACUCUUUGAAACGUCCGCGUGAUGUAGAUCACAGGCGGGAUGAUCCCUACUGGAAUGAGAAUAAAAAGAUGUCCUUGGAUACAGAUGCACGCUUUAGUCAUGGUUCUGAUUACAGUCGCCAGCAGAAUAGGUUUAAUGACUUUGACCACAGAGAGAGGGGGCGAUACCCAGAGGGUUCAUCAGUGCCAUCAUCCUCUUUUGAAAGGCGAGAACGCUUUGUAAAUCAAAGUGAAGGAAAAAAAACACGCCCGACAGCGCGAAGAGAGGAGCCUGGGUUUGAGAGGUAUCCUAAGAAUUUCAGUGAGUCCAGAAGAAAUGAACCCCCACAACCAAGAAAUGAACUUCGAGAUACUGACAGACGAGAAGUGCGAGGAGACAGAGAUGAGAGAAGAACAGUGAUAAUUCAUGAUAGGCCAGAAAUAUCACAUGGUCGUCAUCCAAGAGAAACUGGUUCAAAUCCACCUAGACAAACUAAUUGGAAGAACGAGGGAGGCAUAAGCACAGACAAACGGGAUGCCAGAGGAGAGAGACCAGAAAGAUCAGGAAGAGAGGUGUCUGGACACGUGAGAAGUGCUGCACCCGGUAGCCGUAGCAGCGCUUCUGGUUAUGGAAGCAGGGAGGGAGAACGGGGAGUCAUGGGAGAAAGAGGAAGCGGAGGACAACAUUAUAAUGAAGAUAGACAUGUUGUUGAACGCCAUAGUCGUGAAACUGGACCAAGAAAAGAAUGGCAUGGACCUAGUUCUCAAGGAAGUGGGUAUCAUGAUGCAAGGAGAAUGGGAGAUGGCCGUGGAGGAGGUGGCAUGAUGUCUCCACAUACAAGAUGAGCUGUGUGGUUGACUGGCCAGUUCAUAACUCUGAGGUUCAACUGUAAGUACAGUUUUUAGUUAGAAAUAAGUUAGGUCAGAGUGAGACUAUAAUGAGGUACAAAUUAUUAAGUUUAUUACAUAAGCACAUCUGCAGAUACAUUUUAAAAGGUAUGGCACAAUAAUCAAUCUAUCUAAUCCUUCAGCUGUGGGGGGGGGAGGGAGAAAAAUCAAAUGCCGAGAAAGUUGUAAUUUCUAACUAUAUGGGACAGUUGUUUAUCUCGUCUAUAAACAGAUACCCUGUAUAAACAUGUCUUGAAAUACCUAUUUGGUCUUAAAUAAAGUUAUAUUAGGAAAAUAAUAUAGAUAAUAUAGGUUUUACCUAAAAUACAUGUGCAUAAUGAAAUUAUCUCAAACAGUAUAAUAGAAAUAUCAAGAUAGGAUAAAAUUACAAUGGGUUUUAUCAGCAUUCGUUAUACUUCACCCUUAAUUUAGUGAGACAUUUUGUAUUACAAAUUAUACAAAAUAGCAGGCAUUUUCCAUGAGGUGAAUAUAAUAUACACAAUGCUUAAUGGAUCAACCAGCAAUAUAAUACAAAGGACUACUUUCCCAUUAGUUAGAAUAGAUGCAGACAAUAGUGUAACAUUCUCACAACUAUUUCAGUUUUCAGGGAGAAACCUGUCUAAUCACAGAUGCCAAAUACAGUAUGUCAGUUUUGUGAGCCACUUAACAACAUGGAUUCUAUAUUAGACAUCUUACAAGAAAUAGCAUGCAUUAAUCUUCAUGAAUUCUGUUACAGGAAAGUUUAGACCCAGUAAAGGUCUAUAGACCUUAUUAAACAUAUCAGGAAAAAAAAAAUCUGUUUUCUCUGAACACACCCAGAGAUAUUGAUACUAAGAACAAAACAGGUUAGUAACAUUCUCCAUAGGAAUCUAGUGUACUAAAUGACUGGAAAUAAAAGUAUGGUGCCAAAUAAAAAAACCUUAAAUUAUUAUUAUUUUGUUGUUUUUCACAAAUGUACAAUGGUCACCCAUAACUUUUCAGUUGUACAGAUGUAGGGACGCAGAGAAGAUGCAAACGAGGUAACAUUGUUUAAGAAAGGGAUUCUAAAGUCCUAUACUGUGGACAACAUCUUAAUAUAUUGUAGGCCAUCUCCCUUCCCCUUUAUGAUCAAAUAAUCCCCAUAGAAACACUACAAUUGCUACUUGGAAAUGUAUUAUUAGGGAAGUAUUUUUAGGGAUUUUAAAAAAAUGCUAUUAAGUAUCUGCAAAUGAGGACCUAGCGUCACUUAACUAAUAAGUUUGCCAGGGACCACCAGCAAGCCUUUAAACCCCUGGUGGUACAGAAUUUUAGAACCACUGAUGUAAUGUUUAAUUCAAACUUUUAAAAAGUCAGCAUUGCUUUAGCAGUGACCACGAAAAGGAUAUUUAUGGUUUUCUCCCCCUCCUAAUGAAAACUGUCUUAAGUUUUAUAUUUGAGGGUCUAUCAGCAUUUUAUUUAUAAUUGGGUUGUGACUCCAUUUCUCAGGUUGACACUGCAUACAACAUUUCAAUCAGAGCAAUGAUUGGCUUUUUGAUUUGAAAACUCUCAAGUUACAGAAAGGCACAAGCUAAGCCUGAGACUGUCAACUUGUUGCAAUUUUGACCAAGUACAAUAUUGCACAAAUACCCACUGAGCAGAGGUGCCAGAAUAUCUAAGCACAGUGGGGUGAAUUUAAAGACCAAAGCUAUUUUAACUAUGAUUUUGUUCUGGGUUGAAAUUACACCUUUAACAGUUUUUUAAAGAUAAAAUCAGAGUUUUAACUACACUAACCCUUUGUUGCUUGUAUCUAGUCAUAAGAAUGAAAGAUGACCUUUGAAAAGCUAAUGUCACAAUGAAACUCAAAUGAACCCCAACCCUCCAAGCUCAUUUAUAAAUCAUACUUUUGGGUUCAGUACAGAGAACUAGCUCACUUAGGCCCCAGUGCUGCAGACUUUUACAUAUGAGCAUAAAUCUGUGAAGGAUCAGUGUGGGAGACCUCAUGUAAUACAGAAUAUCAAAAGGAUCUGUAUGUAGUCAUCCUGAAACAUCUGUGGUUGAUUAAACACAUAUUAAGCAAUUUAUCAAGUUAUCCUAUAGAAAGUAAUAUUGUACAGAUUAAAUGGGCUUUAAAAAACACAUUUUUAUACCUCAAACAAAAAGUAAAUAAAAAAGAUGGAAGUUGUGGGACUAACUGCCACCAAAUAAUUGUUUUCAGUUGUUGCAACAUUUGUAUGUACCAAAGUUGUAUCAUGAAACAAGUUAUCAAGAGCUAAAAUCCAAUAUCAUUCAGAAGUAUUUAAUCUUAUUUUACAUAUAAAAUUCUAACAGCUGUACAGGAAUAAUUUAUCUGUUUAUGAAAUUAUAAGCACAACUCAGUUAUGACAAUGAGUUUAGUUUGAACAAAGGCAUAUGGAGGACUGGAAUAAAAAUCUCAUUAUCAGUAUAUUGCUAAUAUGCUACAUUGCAAGGGCAGCAGUCACAAAUGCAUGUCCUAACAUUGUGUGGUAACGAACUGUGGUAACAUUUAUGAAAAGCUUUCAUUGUGUCUACACUAUUAAUACAACUAUGCUGGAAAAGGUAUGGAACCUAGGGAAGAAGGGGCUUUCCAAUAUUCUACUGACUAACAUGUCAAGUCUAAUCAGCACUUGUGUGUAUGGUUAUUGUAAUUUUGCUGUAUUUCUUUCAGCUGUGGCAAUGGCUAAAAAUAUUUUACAUAUCUGUAGACUAAAGCUUAGCGUCACUCAUCGUGUUUCCAUAUCUUAAAGAUAAGUGUUCACUAUAGAUUCAAUAUGGCAAGGCUAAAUACAGCAAUUAUUGAACAGUUACUCGAACUUCAGUCCCCACAAACUGUUCUAUAUUCUCCUGCAAAUAGUUUAGAAAAACUGAAAAAUAUGAAAAACCUACUGUGAAUUAGAGAAGAUGACAUUGGGACUAAUUCUGCUCUUCUUACACACAAAUAGUCACAUUGAUUUCAUUGACAUUACUCACACGAGUAAGCUGACCAAGAUUUGGCCCAUAAUUAGUAAAUGGUCCUUCACACACAGUAAUUAGGAAACAAUUUAAUUACCAAAAUGAAACUUACAUUAAACAGGUUUCAGAGUAGCAGCCAUGUUAGUCUGUAUUCGCAAAAAAAAAAGGAGUACUUGUGGCAGCUCACAAAAGCUUAUGCUCAAAUAAAUUUGUUAGUAUCUAAGGUGCCACAAGUACUCCUUUUCUUUUUACAUUAAACAGUUGGCCAGUUAGGCCUCAGUUCAAUUUAUGCACAUUAAGUUCUAGAGGACGGUUCACAUACAUAAGUUGUUGUAUGCAAUGUUGUAGCCAUGUCCGUCCCAAGAUAUUACGGAGACAAUGUUUGUUACGCAAUAUCUUUUAUUGGACCAACUUCUGUUGCUUGUCUCUCUCACAAACAGAAGUUGGUCCAAUAAAAGAUAAGACCUCACCCAUCUUGUGUCUCAUACAUAACUUGUGGCAGGCUAAAGUGAAGAAAGCUCUACUUACCAGUGAUUCUUCAAAUGUUCAUGUUUCAAUACUUUUUUCCUUUUAGUAGUAUAGAAAUUUUAAAAAGCUAAUUUUCAUCUAACUAGUUCAUAGAAAUUAGACUUUUCUGAACAUUUAAAAUCUCAAAUUUUGAACCUUAACAAGGAAUUUUUUGGCUCCUUAAAUUGUUCUCUUUUAAAAGAUUAAGUAAAACAGAUUUUAAUUAAUGCUUUAGAAAACAAUAUAAAUUAAUCACUAAGACUCUUAAAAUGCAAAACAGAUCCAGUUUGCAAAAACUGAGAUGUAACGCAAUAUUGGAUACCCAAGUAACUGACUGAAACCCUUCUCUCUUUCAUAUUAAUCUUUGUAAAACAGGAUUUUAGUGCAUCUGACUCUUGACAUGACUGGAUUUUAAUUAAAUUAUGCUGCUUUUCAGUAUAGUUUUCAAUAUGAAAUUUUUUUUCCAGAGGUAAGAUCUGCAAUAAGUAAUAUGAAAUUGUAAAAACAUGUUCAUAUUGUGAUUUGUUAAUAUUAUGUGCAUCAAGACAAAUAGCUUAGCUGGCAGCUAAAGCUUCAUAAAGCAAUGAAGCCCUUGAAGCAAUGUAGCUCAGCAAUUACAAGAUUUUUUUUUUCAUUUUGCUGUAUAUUUUACUAAGGAAAGACAUCUUAAAUACAUUACAAAUAGUCAGAGUUGAACAAGAAUGUUUCUUUGAACUGACCUUUUUCUUAAGAAGGGAUCUUAUGAAUGGUUUUCUCCAUGUUACUUUAUUAUUUUUUCAAAACAAAAUGCCCAGUAUCAAAACCAUGUAAUUAAUAAACAGAAGAACAAAUACUUCAAACUACCAUAUUACCUUUAGCAGCUGCUGCACUGGCAGCAACUUUUGUAGUAUGAAAUUCCCCAAUAGUAUAGAGCAUGCCUUUUUGUUAACGUGAGCCGAUACACAUAUAUAAAACAAGAUACCAAAGGCAAUUGUACAACAGACAAAUUGUUUUGUACAAACAAAUUGUACAAAGAAAGUUGAUAUGUACUUCUGCAAGUAAUACUUAAGACAACGCUGAAAGCUUAACCAAAGAAAAUUAUGAAAAUCCAGACGUAUCCUUGACAGGUUUCAGAGUAGCAGCCAUGUUAGUCUGUAGCCGCAAAAAGAACAGGAGUACUUGUGGCACCUUAGAGACUAAUUUAUUUGAGCAUAAGCUUUUGUGGGCUACAGCCCUCUUCAUCGGAUGCAUGCAGUGGAAAAUACAGUAGGAAGAUUUUAUAUACACAGAGAACAUGAAACAAUGGGUGUUACCAUACACACUAUAACAAGAGCGAUCAGUUAAGGUGAGCUAUUACCAGCAGGAGAGAGAGAAGAAAAAAACCUUUUAUAGUGAUAAUCAAGAUGGGACAUUUCCAGCAGUUGAUAAGAACGUGCGAGGAACAGUGGAGGGGGGGGGGGAAUAAACAUGGGGAAAUAGUUUUACUUUGUGUAAUGACACAUCCACUCCCAGUCUUUAUUCAAGCCUAAUGUAAUGGUGUCCAGUUUGCAAAUGGUGUGCCAGCAAUGCCCCUCUGCCAUGUACAUUGGCCAAACCGGACAGUCUCUACAUAAAAGAAUAAAUGGACACAAAUCAGACGUCAAGAAUUAUAACAUUCAUGUUCUCUCUGUAUAUAAAAUCUUCCUCCUGUAUUUUCCACUGCAUGCAUCCAAUGAUUGGUAUGGUGGCUGAAGUCUAUUGGGCUAUAAUACAAAGGGAAAGGAGAGAGAAUUGAUUGCUUUUGUUAAUCUUCUCAAAUUUAGACAGUGAUUAAGAACAUAUACAGGCAGUACAACAAAAGCAGAAGCAAAGGGUAAAAGUUUGUGAUUAAAAUAGCAACAUGUUACAAUAAUGUUGAAAAAAAGUGUUUAAGUAUUUACUUUUUAAGAAGUACAAAUUGUAUCAAAGGGCGAGUCCAGCUCAUUUCACUGAUGUACAGUCUUCUAAUAAUUAGAACAGUCAAACAUUCCAAGAGUUAUCAGUAAUUACAAUAUUUUAAUAUAUCUGGACAUACACAGACACUUUUGCUAUAACAAAAAUCAAAUUGCUUCCAAUAUAACUAGUUUUCAGACAUAUAGCCACUAAUUUAUUUCUGACAGGGUCUCAAUGGUUAUUUUUGCCUGCAGUCUCAAUGGCCAACUCUUACGUAUGCCAGAAAGGAAAAUGUGGUGCUGUAAAUUAAGUACAAAUAUAAUAUCUAUCUGAUAACUUUGCGGCUAUUAGUGUGCAGACUGUCCACAAAGUGCUGAAACUGAUGUAGUUUAAAAUUAAUAGGAUAGUAAUUGUACUGGUUAAUUAUAUCUAUCUACUUACAUUGCUCACGAAGAGGUCAUAGCUUUUUAAGCAGAAUAUGCUACCUAGCAUUUGCAAAUAUAAAAUUAGGUUUUCCUCUAGCACUCUUUUCCUAUAGUAAAUAAAAUUCCUAUAUAAUUCUUUUGUAAUUUUUGUCCCUUUUUAAACCUAUCAAGAUUUAAGUUAAUUAAAAAGCACGCUGUUGAAGUGUCUACACCAAAAAUGUGACCUACCUUUAAACAUUUGAACCUAAAGGACCUUGCAAACUAUAUUAUAUAAAUAUCUAUUUAAUUUGCAAACUAAAAACAUGUUUGAUGUAAAACAUCUAAACGUGAUUUUGAGCCCCUUCUAAUUGCUCUGUACUAGUAGUUAAAUAUUAUUCCUUGAAUAAGGAGAACAAUUGAUGCUUGGCCACUAAAGUAGUAGGAAUAGAAAAUCAAGUUCAAUUAGAAACGCAAGGGAAAGGUAAUGGUUGCCAAAAUGUAAAGAAAUUUGGUAGGACAAGAACUGUAUUUUCAAACUUCUCUGGCAGUAUUAGAAACAAAUUUAGUAUUACGAAAUGGUCAUUUUGAUUUAAAAUCAAAUCUUUUUUUAACUAAAUGCAUAAUAUAAAAUCAAACCAAUUUGCAGUUUAAUAAUGGAAGCAGGUUGGAGUUUAGUUUUAUCUUUUAAAACAGAUGGAAGGAAAUCUUAAUACUUGUUCACAUUUUUAAACCUCUCCCUUACUCAACAUGGUGAGAAUGGGCUAGAGACUAUGGCUGGAAUUUUCUAAGAAUAUUAAUGGUAUUUUAGUGCCCAGCUCCCUUAGGCUCAUUUGAAAAUCCAGUUUAAGAUUGUAGUUAAAUCAAAUUUGUAUAUACUGAGUCUUGCUUUUCUUCUUCCAAUCUUCAUGACUACAAAAUUCUUGAUUACUACGGAGACUAUAUAAUACUGAUAUACAUGUUAACAAUUAGCUGUACAACCUUUGACUGAAUUGUGAGACUGACUCCAAUGUACAAUAAACUGCCAGACUCCUUGCUCAUUUACAAUCUAAUAUCACACAAUGUUUUAAAGAUGGCAUUAAGAAUUGGACUUCUAUAUUUAGUGGAUUGUGGUAUUGUUCAGUAGAAAAAAAAACCAAAACUAAUGAUAAAACCCACCAAACGGUUAGAAAACUUUACUUCAUGUUCCAGGAACCAGUGGACACUUAGCUCUGCACCACUAGCCUCUGCUGGUCACAAAAUGGGAAUGACAGCAAAGAGCACACAAGAGUAUAUUUCUGAGGACUUGUCGACACUGCCACUUAAGUUGAUGUAAGUUACACCGCUCAGUAGUGUGAAAAUGCUACCCUCCGGAGUGAUGUAAGUUGCAUCAACUUAAAGCGCUGUCUACACUGUGCUAUGUCAGCAGGAGACACGCUCCUGCCAACAUAUCUUCCAUCUCUUGUUGCGGUGCAGUAAUUACACUGACAGGAGAGUGCUCAACUGUCGGCAGCUGUAGUGAAGACAAGCCCUGAGGCUUCAAGUUUGUAUAGCAUAUAAAUUCUAUUCUUCCAUGUAUUCAGUAAAUGUUUUCAGUGGAUUUACAACCAUCUCCAUUGAGUUGGGAGCAUUACUGUGGAUUGUUGUUGAUACAGCAGUUUGUUACAGUUCUGAAAGCUAAUAUCAACUCAAGUAACUGAGCAGAAUACUUGUCUGCAAAGUAUUAGUCAAAAACAAGAUGUAAAUGUUCAUGCUGCUAUAUUCUGCACAAAUGUAUUACAAUAGAAGAAAACAAUCAAAUGUCAAUAUUUGUCAAACCUUAUGUGUUUUUAUCUAAUUUUCAUUCAAAUGUGAAAUGUUUUCCUCAAUGGCAGUGGCCCUUUUCUAUGCAUUCUUUUGAAUUUCAGAAGAACCAUGCUGCAGGUAGUACUUUAUAUAGUACAUUUCAUCCAAGUGUCUAAAUGUUUGUACAUAAAUUAUGCCUCAACACAGCUGAACUUACAAACAUUUCACAGAUAAAUAAUGAGUUGGUAAAUGAUUAUACAUCAUUUUUUGUGCAGUAUUCUUUUUCCUCCUUUAACCAUUUCAAUUCUAAUCAGUAUUACCCCCUUGUGAUGGAUUAGUGUAAGUCUGCAUGUAUCUGUAUCAAGCUGCAAACUUCAUUCUGUUUUGUGAAGACCACUUUGAUUGUAGAACUAUUUUGGCUAUGUAGCCUUCAUAUUGAGCUAACGCACACACAUCAAGAGAAAUUCUUGCCCCUAGCAGAGGGCUAGCAAUGGGAGGGAGUCAUUAAACCCUGAUGACCUUCCAUUCAAUUGGAAGCUCCCUUGGAAAAGAGCUGGCUACCACUCAGAGAGCCCAGCUCUCCCAAGCAGGCUGACAACCAAGCAGUGGAUCACCUGAUGGGGGUCUGAGGCUGACUAAGAUGCAGAAAGAGAAGGACUGCUCAAAGUAGCUCUCUCUCACCAACCAGAAAAGGAAGAGAAGACUGUACUGGAAGAAUGAAGUUCAGGAGAGGGGAGCUGCAAGUCUGAAUAGACACUGAUUCCCAAAGAACACUCGAGUGGUGAGGAAAUGGAGGCAGGGAAGGGUGUAUAUGUGGCUUCUUUUACAUGGAUUUUGUCUCUCUUGUGCUAUCUAAAGUAAUGAGUGAUUGCUUUAGAAAUCCUUCUGCAAAGUGUCUGUAUUUUCUUCUGUUAUGACAUGUCCCAGAAGGGGUUAACCAUAAACCAGAGUGGAACACUAGGGUAGAUGUGCCAAAGCUACUGGGGAGUCUUAGGAGGGUUCAGCACUGGCCAAGGGCAGCUACAACACAGGGUCCGAGUUUGAGAACAGGUGCCAGACAGCAUCUAUGGGCUGGGGAACAAACCUAGAGGUCAAAGAGAGACUGUGCCGUUGAGUCUACCCCGGCCCACAGGAGCUGAAAAGCAUUCAUAUGCAGUGUGUGGAUCCAAACAGAGCAGUUUAGUGAGUGUCCAGCUGGGGGAGUUUGACCAGGACUAUGACACUCUCAAUAUUCCAAAACAGAGAUUUAUAAAUAAAGGUAUAAAAUAUAACCCUGAGCAUAAUCAAUAGCACUAUCUGAAACGAGUGCAGUUUUGAUAAUCAAAUUAUUACAAGAACCAUACAAUAAUACCACAGUAUCACAGCUUAUUACAUACAUGGAAAUAUAAGUAAACUAUAUAGAUUUCAUUAUAAAUAUGGUAGUUCCAUAUUUAUUUGGGUAGAGCUGAACAGAGGUACAAUAGCUAUGUUUAGGAAAAAGACUUAGCAUUGAGAAACAGUGAGGCACAAGGGAUGUUUUUCCAUUAGAGAAGGAAAAUGCAUGUGUAUGUUUAAAGCCAGCUUUUGGGCUUCAGAGGGUAGUUGAAAUAUAAGAGAUCUUGAGAUGUAAUCUGCAACUGUGGAGGUGGAAGAUGGGAGAAUAACUUCCAUAUCAGACCCAAAAGAAAGGAGCUGGAAAGCUUAACUUAUUUAUUAACAACACACUUAAUUUGAAAAUUUACAUUCAACCAAUGUAGAUUUCUGAGAAAGGAGCUGUUCCAUUACUGAAUAUGGAUAGAGGGAUGAGCCACCGUGUCAAGUACAAAUAAAGUGAGGUGCCAAAGUAAUGCCCUCCUUCACAGUCUCCCUAUACCCACCUUCAUUAUGGUGGUUUAAAAAUCGAGGGGGAAUAAAAUAGGCGAAUAAUAGUUUAGUUGACCAUAUAAAGAGUUGUAAAUCUUUGAUUAUAAACUCUUCAGGGAGGGGACUGUAUCUUCCUGUGUGUUUGGACAGUAGAAGUUGUUAUAAUCAAAUAAUAAAUCUGGUAUAGGUAAGAGGAAAGAUUUGUGAAUGAAGUCAAACACCUGAAUUCAUUAUAGAUGGGAUGAAUUUGAGUCAAAAUGGGAAAUUUUAGUUAAAGGUACUUUUCUUACCAAUUACCAGAAUAAAAAUUUGAUACAGUAGAAGACAAAGUGAGGAAAUACCAAAACAAAGAAGAAUACAUAGUUGGGUAUCCUCUGCAUAGAAAUAGCCAUAGCUUGAACCAAAAAAGUUAGUGGCCAGAGGAAAGAAGUAUAGGUAGAACAUGGUCCCAUUAUAGACAUGGGCAAGUGGAAUGGAAAAAAAUAUUGGAGAGGUUAUUGAAAAGCUUAUAGAAACAAUCUUUGUUUGCUAAAGAAUUUCGAGUAAGUCAGAAGGGAAAUUUUGCUGGAAUUCUGUAAGUACAUUUUAAACGCUUGCAAAAAGUCAGUUAUAUUCUGUUUACCUCUAAGAUGCGGACACCUUUUUUCUCUGUGUACCUUACAAGACAGGUGAAUAAAAAUAUAGGUGAAUAAAAAUAUAUACCUUGAUUUUCUACAUUUAUGAAUAUCCCCUUUGACUAAAGACUCUAUUUGUCAAUGUCUUAAGGAUGUCAGCCCUGAUAAAGACUGGAAAGUAUAAACAUCAAUUGUUUCCAAAGCCAGAUCCAGAGAAUGAAAUAAAAUAUUUAAACCAACUGUAAUAAUGAAUAGAUACUAGUUUGUUUUUAACAUGAGGAAAGGAAAAGCAGAUACAACACAUUGUAAAAAGCAUUAAUCUGCUGUUGCCCAUGCUAUUCUUGUUCUGUAACCCAAAAAGAUUUCAGCUAUGAGUACUGUCAAUCUGACACCUUCCAAUAUUACUAAAUUUAAAAAAUUAAAUGCUGCAUUUGAAAUACUCUCUGAAGAAAAAUGGUCAGAGGUGUCCUUUAGAGAAAAAUCUAGCCUCUGUCUUAGGUACAAUAUCCAUAUAGGGUGGGAUUUUUCAAGAGCAUCUAAAGGAGCUAGGCACCCAAAUCUUACUGACUUUUAAUGGGAGUUGGUUGCUUAAUCCUUAGAUGCUCUUGAGAAAUCCCACCCAUUUUCUACAUUAAGGGACAAAGGAUAAAAUCAUUUUUUCCUAUAGCUAUUUUUACAUCUUCCCUCUUUUCCCCUGAAUUUGGAAAGGAAAAAUAUUAAAGUGGUGCAUGCUAGUGGUACCAUAAUGAUGUUUGUUAUAACAUUUUCACACCUUCCAGUUUUUCCAUAACGUUAUAGUUCAGUGUUUUAAAGUAUCAGAGCUGAUAAGCCUAGUAUCCUUGGUCUCUGCUCAGUAAUAAAAUUGUUUUUAACGAAUAUUAUGCUUAUGAGGAAAGGUUAAUGUAUGCUCUAUAAUUAAAUAUGUCUCUAAGUCCCUAAUGUGUAUUUAGGGAUUUUUAUUUUUAAAGAAAAUUAAUAUGCUAAAGUUACUCAUAUCUGAAAAGUGGCCAGUGUAGAAUAAAACUAGGUUAUAUGCAUCAGCAGUUCAGCUUUGUCACCUCCACAGAUCCGCGCUCUGGACCACACAAAGAAGUCUAGAAGCAACUGUUCAAAGAAAAUGUUAAAUAAACUCAUGACCAGGCACACACUUCGUCUAAUGAGGUACGAAUUAGAACUCAGUUUCAAUAUCUCCUAUAGCAGAGUUCUAAGAAAGCACAAAGAGAGCUCAAUGAUUGAGGCACAGCACUGGGAUUCAUAUUUACUGAAAUAAAACAAAACUUUUAAAAUAGCUGUAAUUCACAAUUUUCAGUCACUUUUAGAUACUGUCCAGCAUUUCUUUUAUUGACAGUUCCAGCCAUGUCUUUGCUAUACCAGUGAACAAGACAGAAGACUUGAACAGAAACAUUUAAUACUAAUCGGUUCUUUCACACAAAAAAAUCUUUGAAAGGUAGUCACCUUUAAAAAAAUAAAAAAGCAAAACUAAAACUGUGUGCUGAACACAUUUGAAAAUCUCGUCCGAAUGUCCUAACUCUGUGAAGUCAAUUAGAGUUUUAUCACGGUCUUCAAUGGGAGCAGUUAGGCCAAUACAAUUUUGAAAAUCCCACUUGGAUUUUAUGCUAUUAGAAAUCUGUUUGAAACAACCACAAGAGUACAAUUUAACAAAUUCUUUUGGGAGAAUCUUAGUUUUGUUCUUCUACAGUACCACAGAAGGAUGGUUAAGUCUCCGGUAGUUAUGAAUUUCAUGGUACCUGUGCUUAAUCAGGCCGAAAGCUAGAAUUGUCAAAGUUGUAGCUGAGCUACAAAAUUCAAUUAUGUCACUAUUAGGGCAAUGAUAAAAGGUACAGGUCCAUGAAAGAUCUAAUUUCAAAGAAAAAAAAUUGUAGCAAGUUUUACCAGCUUGGAGACUUUUUUUCUUGUUACUACAAAGACUUAAGCAUAGCAUUUAGGGGUGGAGGAACUGUUUGUUAACCAAGCAGAUUUUACACAUUUUACUUUCUUUUGGCCCAGGGAAAGACUACAUUAGCCAGGACUACAAUGUAACACUGUUUCCUAUACAGACGUAGGAACCAUGAAAUUCGGCAAAAUUCUGAUAAUGGUUACUUACUCCAUUUAGGAAGAAAACUAUAUCAACUAAAAGUUUUGGAUGAAAAGAAUGGCAUAAAUAAAUCCAUAAAGCAAAAAGUCACCAGAAAGUAUUUCGUAAGCUGCCAAUUUUAAAGCAUAUGAGAGUCCUAUUCAGAGUUUCGAAAAUGCCACUAGAAUACUUCCUCAUGGGAUUCCAGACCUGACAACUGACACUUCCCACAAAACAACUCUUUUACAUGCCCUCAAAAUAUUGCUUCUUGUACAAAUGACAACCAUGCAGUUAUAUUUCUCAGUUAGAAAUACAGAAUCAGCCAAGACAGAUUAAUUCUAAAAUAUGAAGCCUUUCCAUAUGCACAAGUAAGCCUACAAAAUAGGAAAGUGAUAGCUGCAAAACAGCAAUGAACUUCCAAACUGCAACAAGCUCUGCAGUGGCAAUUUUUCAGAUAAAGACAGAGCUUAAAUUCAUGACAACAAAAUUAAUCAUUGAUAUUGACAUUUCAACAGAACUGCUGAAAGGCCCUACAGAAUGGGUCCCAUUCUUGCCCAGGAGCAGUACAAGAGGGGACGAGGGGACAAAAGCUGCCCUAAAUGAGAUAGUUGGUAUAAUGCCAAUAAUCAGUUCCUUUCCUGCCAAGUGGGCAUGUCAGGCAUUGUUUGGGGGAGGAGGGGACCUGGCCAGCACACACUGUGCUCCAGAUAUCUUAGAGGGAGAGAAUUGUUCCUGGGGAACAUUCCAGAGGCAUAAGUAAGAGUAGCCUUCUAGAUGGGGCCCGGACAACCAACCAGGAACCACACAUACCACCCUCUUCAGAUCAUGAGCUUAAAAUUACUAUUAUGUUGUUGUAUGUUCCAAAUACACAGGGUAAGAAGGGAAUUCUGCAAAUUUCUACUUUAAAACAUUGGGGGUUCAGAGUCUAUCAAGAUUCUUAUACUGAUGCCUAUAACCAUAGAGGACCUUCUACCAUAAAUCAUAACUGGCUAUAUAGUCUAGACUGAUGCUACAAGCCUUUCUUGUUGCAAACAACUUAUUCUCAUAGCUGGCCUGGAGUAAUACACUAUCUCAGGACAAUCAAACUAACGCUUGAUUUGAUUCUUUUACCCCAAUAUACAAUCUGUGGAAGACAUCACACUGAUCAGAUCACCUAGGAACAUGCAGGCUGCCUGCUGUUUAAGGUUACACUUUCUCACGUUUUUAAAAGUUGAAUACUCUAAAACAAAUAAAACCAUUAGAAAAACUACACAAAAUUGGAUACAUCAUGGACCAUAUCUUUUACAAAUUGGUCUGACAUCACCAGCAGGAAACUGAACUGAGCAAAGGGCUUACUGCACUUUUCAUAUACAUAGCAUCAGAAGAAAAAAGGUAGGCUUUAAAUUAGAGGAGUAUUGAAUACGCUUUUUACUUUUGUGUUUGGGCUGAAUAACAUCAAAUGAUUUUGAAUUGCCUUGUAUUAAGUAAGGGAGUCAUUUUUCAGUAACUUUGUACAUACAAAUCUGAAUACUCAAAAGCAAUCCCGUACAAUGUUGCAACCAUUAUGGUACAAGCUUAAGAAGCAAAAAUAAUUUGACAAAUAUCAAACAAGGUGUGGAAGUGUGGGUUCCUGAUCCCGGUAUGUCUAUACUAGAAAGGUAAGUAGAGCUAUAUUAGGAUUAAUGAGGAUUAUAUAUAAUGAGGAUUAUAUUUAGCAGUGAAAUGGGUUCCAUGUAACUCCCAAUAUACUUUCCCUAGACAGCUCUCUAUCCAUCUUUGUAUAUCGGGAGGAGAUACCCAGAGAGUACAUCUUGGUACA